AUGCCGAGGAAUUGCGAAUGUACAGGCCGCUGUACUGUCUUUUCCUAUAGCCAUCCUUUCUCGCCUUGUUUAGGGCCUACUUCAUCACCUCACUUUAUCCUCAGCGGUCGUCAUCGUUCAUCGCAGCUCAACCAGCGUCAUCUGGACAUACGCCCUCACAGCGGUACCCCGCCAAGUUGUGUUGAAAGUUUCUCUGAUGAGCGCCGCAGCCAUGGCGACCCUCUUCUCUUGACAUAUCAAGGCAGUGGUAGUCAUUGUUGCCAAGAAUCAACAGUGCUAUCAGUAUCUCUCCACUGCGGCUUUUUGAGGCGUCAGAACCCUGGACCCUCACCAUGGCUGGACGUCAUACCCACCAUCUUUCCUUUGCGUAGACCCUCUAUAUACCCAAACACGUCGUCGGUGGUUCGCCAUCCUGUUCGUGCUCGAUGGAUUGUCAACCCACUAAUAUUCGACGUUCGACCUCAAUAUUCGUCAUUUGAAGGACUCAUGAACCACCCCUUGCUUUCCGAUUGA